UUUCACACACAUGUAAAAUGUCCUCGACAUUAGGAAAACGAAAAGAACGCGACGAAGAGACUCAUGGCUCUACUCUUUUUGUCUCCAACCUUCCCUACUCUGCAACUUCGACCGACUUGCAGACACUUUUCUCCGACAUCGCACCAGUCCGCUCUGCAUUCGUGGUAACAGAACAAGGGACGGGCGUCUCAAAAGGGGUUGGAUAUGUUUCGUUUACCUUGAAAGAAGACGCACAAGCAGCGUUCGACACCAUAUCGAAUGACGGUCUCAAUAUCGCAAGCCGAGCUUUACGAGUCCAAUGGGCUGAGUCUAAGCCCCGAGAACGCAAAGAUCAGAUCAAGUCCGACGCUAAACCUCGUCCCAAAGCCCCGAAUCCCAAGGCUCAAGUCCCUCGAGAUCCUCUGGCCAUACGGACGGUCAUCGUGUCGGGCCUCCCCACCGGGGUAGACUCCAAGAUCCUUUGGAAGAAAUUCAGAAAGUCCUCGGGAGCUGAAUCCAUAGAGUGGCCUGUCAAAUCGGAGGAGGGAAAGGAGGACAGCGGCUCUGCAACCAUACUCUUCUCGUCGCCUGCUGAUGCUCUAAACGCAGUUGCAAAACUACACGCACACGUCUUCAAAGGAAAUCUGCUCUCUGCUGCCCUAAAAAAACGAAUGGACUCGCUUUCGAAAGCUCCUGCUGUUCCAGGAAAGACUUCUGCUACAAAAGCUCAACCUAGCCACGCGAGCCGGUUGAUCGUUCGCAAUAUCCCCUUCAACGCAACAGAGCAAGAUCUGCGGGCCGUUUUCCUUCCGUAUGGGCCUGUGUACUCGAUUCACAUUCCUACAGAAGAGUCCAAGGGGAAGGGUCCCGACACCGACCCGCCCGCUCGGCCGCGCACCAAGGGAUAUGCUUUUGUAUGGAUGCUGAGCAAGAAGGAUGCCGAAAAGGCUAUGGACAAGUGCAACGGAAUGACGAUUCGCGCUGGAUUGGCCGAGGGAUUGGUUUCGGACAAGCAGAAGAAGAAGAAGGUGCGGCGCAUCGAGUCGAAGAUGAUGAAUGCAGGCAAAGCUGAGGGUCCCGAAAACGACAAUGAAGAGGAGGAAGACCAUAAACUGGCCAUGGAACGCGUCAUCGCGGUUGACUGGGUCUUGAGUAAGGACAAGUGGAAGGAGGCCAAGGCACAAUUGGAGGCGGAAGCCGAAGAUGUUGAGAUGGAGGAUUUGUCUAGCGACGGCAGCAGCGAAGACGACAGUGAGGAUGACAGCGACAGUGAGGACAGCCAUGUCGGUGUGCACGCCGGCGAUUCGGACGAUGGGGACAGCGACGAUAGUAUCGACGAUGAAGACGAAGAUGGCGAGAAUAAACCGGUGAAGCCACAGCUUCCGCCCCCCGAGGAAGGCACCACAUUAUUUGUCAGAAAUGUGCCUUUUUCUGCGACAGACGACGAGCUGCGCAUAUUAUUCCGAACGUACGGUCCUCUGCGCUACGCUCGAAUAACAGUCGACCCCGAAACAGGUCGCUCUCGUGGAACCGGAUUUGCCUGUUUCUGGAAUAAAGCCGACGCAGACAAGGUUGUCGAGCAGAGUGAUAUGUUGCGUGCAGAGACAACUGGGUCCUCCACACUAGCCAAGAAGAAUCCUUUUUCCAUGCCAUCCAUCCUGACCGCCGACCCCUCAUCGUCUCUUGCGCAGAGCCUUGUGCUGCAAGGACGAACGUUGGAUGUUGUUCGUGCUGUAACACGUGAUGUCGCUGGGAAGUUGAAGGAGGACGGUGAGAGACAACGCCAAAAAGCAGAUAAGCGCAACAUGUAUCUUCUGCGCGAAGGAGUCAUCCUACCCAAUACUCCUGCCGAGGAAACACUAUCAGCAGCUGAUCUGGAACGUCGAACGACUUCAUAUAACACUCGGCGUGCUCUGCUCAAAUCCAAUCCUGCGCUUUUCAUCUCCAAAACACGACUGAGCAUCCGGCAAAUCCCAAUAUUCGUGACAGAACGUGUCCUGAAGCGGCUGGCCAUUCAUGCUACCCGGGCUUUCCAGGACGACGUGAAAAGCGGGUCUCGGCAAGCCCUGACCACGGAUGAGCUGGCGGAAGACGACACCGAGGCGGAAAACAUGCCGAAAGCUGGCAAGCUGUCCAAGAAGGCGCAGCUGAGCAUGCGGACGGGAGUGCGGCAGGCGAAGAUUGUGCGUCAGACCGACCGCGUCGACCCCGUGACGGGCAAGGGCCGAAGCAGGGGCUACGGCUUCGUCGAGAUGAACAAACAUACUGAUGCGCUACGGGUCUUGAGAUGGGCCAACAACAACCCGGCUGCCGGGCCGUUGUUCGAGACAUGGUGGGCCGAAGAGCUGCAGGAUCUGAUCAAGACGGAAAAGGCCAAAGAAGCGAGCGAGCGCGACUCAGGGCGACUGAAGAGAUUGGAGGAUGACCUGGCCAAGGGCAGCGGCAAGAAAGCCAAGGGAACUCUGAUCGUCGAGUUCUCGAUCGAGAAUGUGACCACAAUCCAUCGACGCAACACUAUACAGAAGGAUCGUGCCUCGAAACCUGCGCAAAAGCCGGCACCAGAAGAGCCACCCGCCAAGAAACAGCGAGUGGCGGCGAAGCCGCAGACAGAAAAUCCGCCCAAGCUUGGCUCGAGCAUGGGGGCACUGAUUGGCAGAAAGCGGAAAGAGAGGAAAAGCGGAAAGAAGUAGAUUUCGAUGUUUGCCAACCGAUUGUUAUACAGAAAUUUGUCUAUGCUCCCCCUCCCCGCCCAUGCCGACAUACCAAUCCUUUCCAGCUGUCGUCGCCGAUAUAUAUCCUGCGCGGAUAGUAAAGUCACCGAAACGCUCUCCGUCCAGCCUUUCCAAUGCGUAGCGCUUGAUCAUGGGCCGUAAGAUGGCGAGUAUCUCUUGCUCUGUGACCGUUUCUGGCGACGGUGGUUCGUGAAAUGCCACUGCCAAAGGAUGGAGAGUACAUACCUCGGUAGAUUUUGUUCAUACGCUGGCCGUAGUACCCUCCGCCCAGCAGCAUCGAGUACGUCUUUGGAGCUUUGCCGAUAAAGGCCACCUCUGGGAGCACGGUGAAUAAGAGUGAAUGAUAUAGACA